AUGGCCCCCGAGGCCGCCCCCCGCAACCUCCUGGUUCUCCUGCAGGUGCUGGGGCUCGCCCUGGCUCAGAUCAGAGGUCCGCCAGGAGAGCCGGGGCCUCCGGGCCCCCCAGGGCCACCGGGAGUGCCUGGAUCCGACGGAAUCGACGGUGACAAAGGGCCCCCUGGGAAAGCUGGCCCUCCGGGACCAAAGGGAGAGCCUGGCAAAGCGGGGACAGAUGGACCAGACGGGAAGCCCGGGAUUGAUGGUCUAACUGGAGCCAAGGGUGAGCCCGGUCCCACGGGGAUCCCUGGAGUCAAGGGCCAGCCUGGGCUCCCAGGGCCCCCCGGCCUGCCAGGCCCUGGCUUUGCUGGACCUCCUGGACCACCUGGACCUGUUGGCCUCCCGGGUGAGAUGGGACUCACAGGCCCCAAGGGGGAUCCUGGACCAGAAGGACCAUCAGGGCCCCCGGGACCCCCUGGGAAACCGGGCCGCCCUGGAACCAUUCAGGGCCUGGAAGGCAGCGCGGAUUUCCUGUGUCCAACCAACUGUCCAGCGGGCGUGAAAGGGCCCCCGGGGCUGCAGGGCGUGAAGGGGCAUCCAGGCAGACGCGGGCUUCUGGGAGAUUCCGGCCGCCAGGGGAAGCCGGGUCCCAAGGGAGAUGUGGGUGUCUCUGGAGAGCAAGGCAUCCCUGGACCACCGGGUCCCCAGGGCAUCAGGGGCUACCCAGGCAUGGCAGGACCCAAAGGAGAGACGGGCCCUCAGGGGUACAAAGGCAUGGUGGGCUCCAUCGGUGCUGCUGGGUCACCUGGUGAGGAAGGUCCACGGGGACCACCAGGCCGAGCUGGAGAGAAGGGUGAUGUGGGGAGCCAAGGAGUUCGAGGACCCCAGGGAAUAACAGGCCCAAAGGGAGUAACCGGACCCCCAGGCAUUGACGGCAAGGACGGGACCCCAGGCAUGCCUGGAGUGAAGGGCAGCGCAGGACAGGCGGGGCGGCCGGGAAACCCAGGCCACCAGGGCCUAGCGGGAGUGCCUGGUAUGCCUGGAACAAAAGGAGGCCCUGGAGACAAGGGUGAGCCGGGCAGGCAGGGCUUCCCUGGAGUCUCUGGUCCCCCCGGGAAGGAGGGAGAGCCAGGGCCUCGAGGAGAAAUCGGUCCCCAGGGCAUCAUGGGGCAGAAGGGUGACCAUGGUGAGAGGGGGCCAGUGGGGCAGCCAGGUCCUCAAGGCCGGCAGGGCCCCAAAGGGGAACAGGGUCCCCCCGGAAUUCCAGGGCCCCAAGGCUUGCCAGGCAUCAAGGGAGACAAGGGUUCCCCAGGGAAGACCGGGCCCCGCGGUGGAGUGGGCGACCCGGGGGUGGCUGGCCUCCCAGGAGAAAAAGGCGAGAAGGGCGAGUCCGGCGAACCAGGACCCAAGGGACAGCAAGGAGUCCGCGGAGAACCUGGCUACCCCGGCCCCAGCGGAGAUGCGGGCGCCCCGGGGGUGCAGGGCUACCCGGGGCUCCCGGGCCCUCGAGGACUGGUUGGAGACCGAGGCUUGCCCGGACAGCCCGGGAGGCAGGGCGUGGCGGGCCGAGAUGCCAGUGACCAGCACAUCGAGGACGUGGUUCUAAAGAUGCUGCAAGAGCAACUGGCAGAAAUGGCUGUGAGUGCCAAACGGGAGGCCCUGGGUGCAACUGGGAUGAUGGGUCCCCCAGGACCCCCUGGGCCUCCUGGGUACCCAGGCAAACAGGGACCCCAUGGGCACCCUGGCCCUCGGGGCAUUCCUGGCAUCGUGGGAGCCGUGGGUCAGAUUGGCAACACCGGGCCCAAGGGAAAACGUGGAGAGAAGGGCGAUCAGGGAGAAGUUGGCCGUGGGCACCCCGGGAUGCCUGGGCCCCCCGGGAUCCCAGGACUGCCUGGCCGGCCUGGUCAGGCAAUCAACGGCAAAGACGGAGAUCGAGGGGCUCCAGGGGCCCCAGGAGAGGCAGGUCGACCUGGCCUGCCAGGCCCCAUGGGGCUGCCAGGCUUCUGUGAGCCUGCGGCCUGCCUUGGAGCCUCAGCCUACGCCUCUGCACGCCUCACGGAGCCUGGAUCCAUCAAGGGGCCAUGA